GUAACGCGACGAUUUGGAUGACAACUGCCAUUAACGGCGAAGAAGAAGAUGAACUCUCUGAUAGGCGAAGAGCCGAGAGUCCCGUCCAAUGACUCUGUUGUUCCCGUUUAAAACUGACACGCAAAAACCAAAUACUCAAGAGCUGGGACCCGCCUGCUAUUGAAAUGGAGAGCUUUUUUAGGCGGAAGCUUGGAUCGUCUCUUCAGAAACCUGUUUCUUCGUACCAGUUCAAACUGCCAGAACUGUCCUCUAGUUUCUAUUCAAUUGCAGAUGAACCUUUUCCACAAGUGUCUGGAUUUCUUGAUGAAACCGUCAGCCCAUCUUUUAUUUCAAACGAAACUGCGUUAAGCACCCCUGCUUGUACACCCUCUGAAAAUCAAAGAAAAAGCAAGCAAGAAAAUGUUACUAAUGACUCUGGACUGAAUGGCUCUUUUGCAGUGCCGUGUCAUUUGGCAAGUGGAAAUGCAUCGAAUAGAUCAGUACAGAAUGAGAAAGACAUGACCAGUGUAAAAGAUGGCAAAGUAGAUGUGGAUGCUGUGCCUUCACUUCAGGCUCUUGCAUCUGCAGAUACAUCAGAUCUCAUGAGUGAGGACUUGAAGAACAGCACGUUUGAUGUGACCCAAGACUUGAAAGAGCCAUCUGACAAUGGUAUAAUUGUGACAGUUGAUCUACAAAACAUUAAGGAGAGGAACGGCACAUUUGAUUUAACCCACAAUGUAAAAGAGCCGUCUGACAGUGGCACUACUGCGACUGCUGAUCUACCAAAUAUCAAGGAGAAUAACAGCAUCUUUAAUUUGACCCAAGACUCGAAAGAACAACCUGAUACUGGUGCAAAUAAGACUGUAGAUCUGCAAAACAUCAAGGAGAAAAACAGCACCUUCGAUUUCUCCAAAGAUUCUAAAGUGCAAUCAGAGGGUAAUGCUGCUGUAACUGUUGAUCUCCAAAACAUCAAGGAAAAGAACGGCACCUUUAAUUUGACCCAAGACUUGAAAGAACUAUCUGAUACUGGUACAAAUAGGACUGUAGAUCAGCAAAACAUCAAUGUAAAGAACGGCACCUUUAAUUUCAUUCAAGACUCAAAAGAGCAGUCUGACACUAACACAAAUACAUCCGAAGAUCUACAAAACAUCAAGGACAAGAACGGCACCUUUAAUUUGACCCAAGACUUGAAAGAACUAUCUGAUACUGGUACAAAUAGGACUGUAUAUCUUCAAAACAUCAAGGAGAAGAACAGCACAUUUGACUUGACUCAGGACUCGAAAGAUCAAUGUAACCCUGGUACAAAUACGACUGUAGAUUUGCAAAUCAAGGACAACACUUUUAAUGUGACUCCAGACUCCAAAGAACCAUCUGACAAUGGUAUUAGUAGGAUUAAUGGUCUACAAAACGUAAAGGAGAAGAACAACACUGUUGAUUUGACUCAUGAUUCUGGUACUAAUGGGAAUGUUGAUCUACACAAGGGGAAAAACAGCACUUUGGAAUCUCAAGAGCCAAAGGUGAGCUGUGACGCUAAUUCAACGGUGGAUAUUGAUGUCCCUAAUUUAAAUACUGAGUCAGGAAAUGCCACUGUUGAUCUGGUCCAGUCACAUGACCCUAAAGAGGGACACAAAACCACUGUGGAUAUUCCUAAUAUAGAAAUCACACACGCUAAAACCGCUUCGUCCUCUUUUAACAGUGCACCCUUAAACACUACUACAGAACAGCCAAAUGAAAAGCUUGAUGGAACUGUAGAUAUUCAAGAUAUUCAGCAAAACAAAAAACAAGAUGGUAGUCUGCACUCCGAGGAUGACAAAGGAAAAAACUCAGAGGAAGCUCAUUUUAAAGUCGACAUCACUGUUGAAGAGGAGCAAACAGGUAGUGCUGCUUUUCAACCCUCUGGCGACAUCAGCAGAAACAGUAUUUUUAGUUUGGAUGAAACGCUAAACAUGAAGACAAACUUCAUGUUUACAUCCACACCUAUAGUUUUUGGCAAAGAGUCCAGAUUUGAAGUUCUUAGAGAUACAAAGCCCACCCCUAUGAGAAAGAGGCUGUCUGUGAUCAACAGCAUUGAGGCCCAGUCGAAUGAUGAGCUCGUCUGUACCAGCAAUCAUGAUGGAACUGACGCCAUUCAGACGGCUGAAUGCUCAAAUCAGAAGGUCUUGACGACCUGCCCUCCAAAUCACACUACAUCAGAGUCAGCAAAUGAGAACAAGCCUCCCGCUAAACCUCCCAUGAAAAGAAGACUACCUCAGCUUUCAUCUAAGAUCAGCUAUGCGAAGUCCAGCUUUCUUCCACCGCCUUCAUCUAUUAACUCCUCAGUGGUGGUCAAACCAAAGACUGUCAGAGGCCCACAGGCCCCGCAUCCACCUAACACAUCAACCACACCACUGCGUGGCAACAGGAGGACUAUACAGAUGAAGACAAGGAACAUAGCACCUGUCAAAAACACAGCGCCAGUUUGCACUGUUAAGACUUCUGUGGUAUCAUCUGUCCCCGGAUAUAACUUCACUGCUAUUGCAAAACCUUCAAACUCUGGUAUACCACAAAUGAAACCAUCUGGGCUACAGCCACCGACCCGUAAAAGACUGGCUCUUAAGACACCACAGACUGCACUAUCCUCUGUGGAAUCUGCUCCAUCUCAGCCCAGUAAUAAAUCAGCUGCAGUACCAGGUAUGAGGACGAGGAAUUCACUGCUUUCCAGUGUGGGCCAAAAGCACUCGAUCAAUGAUGGUUUGCCUUCGGCAAAAAGAAAACGAAUUGGACCUGCUGCUUCAUCUACAGUAGAGUGUGAUGGUGUUCAUCCAACUGAAGGAGAGCAUCAAUCUGGUGAAUGCUGUGUAAAUUGUUUGCAACAUGAAGAAAAACUUGAAAGCGUCCUGCGAGAACUAAAGGUCUUGCGUUCAGAUUGUAAAAACUGGGGACCACUGCAUGAAAAACUGGAGUUGUGUAUAAAGGAAAUGAAGAGAAUUUAAGAGUAAAAAAAAUGAAGUUUUAACCUUUCUAGCAAAUAUUUAAAUGCUUCUAAAAUGUGACGCUGUUUGUUAAUAAAUUGUAAUUUUUUAUGAUAUAUUGUCUGGAUUGUCCUAAUAAAUUACAGUGCAACAUUACA